AUGCCAGCACCAGAUAUCAAGGCAGACGCCCAGCGGGUGUUCGACGUGAUCAAGGGUGGAGGAAUAGCCAUCACGCCCAUGGCCCUGGGCUACAGCCUUGCAACCACCUCGACCAAAGGACUUGAAAAGAUGUUCACCACCAAGAAACGGCCCGCACACAAACGGCACGCCAUGGGCGGAAACUACGCCCUUCACAAAGAGCUGCACCUUAUGGAACCCGAGCAGGCCGAGAUUGUCCGCUGUCUGACUCAGGACUUUGACCUGCCUUUGGCCGUCAUUGCCAAGUACGACACCAAGCACCCCAUCCUGCAGAACAUCGACGAAGAUACUCUGGAAGCGCUCACCGUCAACGGCACCAUCGCCAUGUUGAUCAACGCCGGCCCGUUUCAGGACGAGCUCGUGGAGCUCACCCGGACAGCCGGCCUCCCGUUGCUGGGUAGUUCUGCCAACAUCUCGGGAACAGGAACCAAAUUCGUGCUCCAGGAUAUCCCUCCGGAAAUCACCAAAAUUGCAGAUCUCGUCAUCGACCAUGGCCGGGUCAAAUUUGGCUACUACGGGAGGAGCUCAACGAUGAUCGACUUCAGUGGACCCAAACCAGAUAUCGUACGAAUUGGAACUUGCUACGACGUGAUCAAGGACCAUUUGAAGCAAUUCUGGGACAUUGACGCUCCCGAAGACCCUGGCGAGGCGGCACUGCCACACGGACACCUCAAGCAGCUCCCUCCGUUAAAAUCUCUGGAAAGAUUGGUGGCAGCACAUUGA